GUUCAACCCUCCAUUUGAACAGAAAUCAUAAGCUUGCAGCACCCUAAGCAGUAAGUUCUCCGUUAUGCGAUCCCAUCAUCUUUAACAUGGAUUGACAUGAUCGGUCAUUUUUUUUCUUUCCAUCCUCCAUCCUCCCCAUCAGAUGGUCUCCAGAUUUCGAGUCAAAAAAUUAUCUCCCAAGCACCCACUGCCGGUCUACAAGGAGUCCCAGCUGCCUGACUUAUCAGAGGAUGCUAAUAUACAACGCUCAGUGCCUCAGAUAGAGACUGGUGUUGAGAAGGAAGAAGAAGAAGAGCAUGAUUUGCAAGCAGCUAUUUCCGCAGCUCAAGCAGCUGUCACCACGGGAGCCAAAGUCGAGAGUUACAUUCCCACUCCGGAUGCUUCACGGUUCAUUCCAGACGACGACGUUCACAUAUUAUACAAAAAGAAAUUCAAGGAACCCUCAACAUUGAUUCGGUUCUCAUCCACCGUCGAGGAUUGUGUCGGUUGCCCCUAUGUGAUGGAUGAAAUAGAUGAUGCUUUUUUGAAAACCCUCAAUAAGGAUAAAUCUGAUAAACUGUCAGAAGACGACCUGGAAGCCAUCAUGUGGGAAUUUGAAUCAACCACCCGACAACACUUACCUCACUUGAACCUUGAUCCCACCCAGAUACCCCAUUAUGCCGAGUUUCGUACCAUGUUGCCGGAGCGAUUGCCAGUAUUACAACGUCACCAGUCGAUUCUGGAGACUGUGUUUGACCAUUGGCGACAACGACGGGUGAAACGCGAAGGCAGACCCAUUAUACCCACACUACAAUCCGAAGAUAUUCUAAAGAAUGAAAUUGAUCCUUACGUCUGUUUCCGACGAAGAGAAACCAAACCGGUGCGCAAAACUCGACGAACUGAUCAGCAAUCACUUGAACGGUUGCGCAAACUGCGUACGGAAAUGGAAAUGGCACGAAACCUCCUGGAGAUGGUCCUCCGUAGAGAAAAAAUCAGGAAAGAAGGACUUGUGCUUGAACAUACCGUUUUUGAUAAAAAGUGCAAGUUCCGAGAAUAUCAACGUCAGCUCGGCAUCAAAGAAGAGGAAGAUCUUCUUCCUGUCGUCAAGAAGAAACGCAAGACACCGAUGGAAGGUGGAUUGUCAGGUGCAACCAUUAAGAUCCCUCUUAAUAAGCUUCGUCGUGAUGGAUUCCAAACACAAGAUAAAUCACCUAUCCAACUGGCAAUUGAUGCUGAACUCGCACGACGUAAAGAACAGGAUCUUCACUUUGAAGACAUCACUGAAUGCCCUUAUCAACCUUUUCCAUUAUCCGUACCGGAUCAAUUCUUCCAUCCGCUGCAGAAAGGUCCAAAGCAGCCGCGGUUCCGAAAGCGUAUCGGUCGUGGUGGCCGUGUUAUGCUGGACCGUGCCAAUGUCCGAUUAGUGACCGGGUCUUCUGCAGAUGCAUUCGAAAGCCAUCCAUAUCGAUUUGAUUCUGAUGCCAGUGUUAAUGAAGACAGCGAGGACGAAAUCUGGCCAGUAGAAGAAAUGAAAGACAGUUAUCUGAGGCAUCGUGUCCAACUGUUGGGUGAAGUUGAGCUUCGUAAUCUGGUGACCAUCCCGUUCUUGACGCCCUUGAAUAUGAUGAACUGGCAUGCGGCAAGUGUACGAGCCAGUCAAGCUCGGUCGUCGACUCCCAGUGGGAUAGUGCGCGCCGCUGCACCCAACCUUUCCUCCUUGCCACUGAAACGCCAAAACAGUCGUACAAAGAUGACUCCACAGCAAGCCGCGGUGGCGAUGGCCAAUGGUAUGAUUGCUGCCAAUAUGGCUGCGGCCGUGAAUGGUUCCGGUCAAAAUAAGGCGGCGAUGCAGAUGGCCGUUGCAGCCGCUCAACAGACCAAUGCCAAUGGUUCACCUUCCGCCAAUGUAAAUGCCACUUCUCCUUUCCAACGUCAUAUGUAAAAAAAAAUUGUCUUCUUACAAACUCAUCCCUUCCCCACCCCAUCGUGUCUCUACAUUCUUAUUCAUUUUAUGUACAUUUAUUCCUCUUCUCCCCUCUUAUUGUGGUCGGGUUUUUCUCGGCAAAUCGUAUAUCCAUACCCUUCGCAUGAAUUGUAUAUCUUUCAUCAAACAAAAGAAGACUCCCUUUAUAUAUAUACAAAACAUUUUAUAGUUUGACUUGUAGCGCUCGCGUCUUUGUACCCUGCUAACAAUGUGGCAUUAUGAACGCUUCAUAUCUUUACUUCUUUAACAUUUUGAAUCCAUAGUGUCAAUACCAUUGACCAAUGAAGCAGCAAAAACUUUCAAAUAGCGUACCUGUCACAGCGGUUUCGG